AUGGCAGCCAACCUUUCUUUCUUUCAAAUCUCUCCACGGAUCCUUCAGAACAGAAGAAAAACAGGCUCGCCUGCCAAAGUAAAGUUCGGUGGGAGUACGGUGGUGAGCUGUUCGUCCUUGAGUGGCGGGAAUGGGGGCCCACAGGAUGACGCCGUUAAGAGGCUUCGGGAAGAGAAGCGUCGGGCUGAGCUCUCGGCCCGAAUUGCCUCUGGUGAAUUUACCGUUGGGAAGUCCAGCAAUAGCUUUCUUUCAAAACUCAGAAAUGGUUUGUCGAAAAUGGGCUUGCCCGAUCAAGUAAUCAAUUUCAUACUCAAUGGUGGCCCAGAGGAGUAUUUAAAGAUUCCAGAGGCAAGAGGUGAUAUCAGAGCCAUCAGUAGCGAACCUUUUUUCAUUCCAUUGUUCGAGCUGUACCUUACUUACGGUGGGAUAUUUCGGCUCACUUUUGGUCCUAAGUCAUUUUUGAUAGUGUCAGACCCCUCAAUCGCCAAACAUAUAUUGAAAGACAAUCCAAAAGCUUAUUCAAAGGGCAUUUUAGCUGAAAUCUUGGACUUUGUAAUGGGGAAAGGACUUAUUCCUGCUGAUGGGGAAAUAUGGCGUGUCAGAAGACGGGCUAUAGUCCCUGCACUGCAUCAGAAGUUUGUGGCUGCAAUGUUCCGACUAUUUGGAGAGGCAACAGAUAGGCUGUGCAAAAAGCUGGAUGCUGCUUCAUCCUAUGGUGAGGAUGUGGAGAUGGAGUCACUUUUUUCCCGUCUGACAUUAGAUGUCAUUGGCAAAGCCGUAUUCAAUUAUGAUUUCGACUCUCUAAAUGUUGACACUGGAAUCGUAGGGGCUGUGUACACCGUCCUGAGAGAAGCUGAAGACAGAAGUGUUGCACCAAUUCCGUUUUGGGAGAUUCCCAUAUGGAAAGAUAUUUCCCCAAAGCUUAAGAAGGUUAAUGCAGCUCUUAAGCUUGUCAAUGAAACACUAGAUGGCCUAAUUGCAAUUUGUAAGAAAAUGGUAGAAGAAGAAGAAUUGCAGUUUCACGAGGAAUACAUCAAUGAGCAAGAUCCAAGUAUUCUUCAUUUUCUACUAGCAUCCGGGGAUGAUGUUUCGAGCAAACAACUCCGUGAUGAUCUAAUGACACUACUAAUAGCUGGGCAUGAAACAUCUGCUGCUGUCCUAACGUGGACGUUUUAUCUACUUGCAAAGGAGCCAAGCAUCAUGGCCAAGCUUCAAGACGAGGUCGACUCCGUCCUGGGUGAUCGAUUUCCGACCGUUGAUGACGUGAAGAAGCUCAAAUAUACAUCUCGAGUAAUUAAUGAAUCAUUGAGACUCUAUCCACAACCACCCGUUUUGAUCCGUCGGUCGCUUGAGGAGGAUGUACUUGGAAAGUACCGGAUAAAAAGGGGUGAAGAUUUAUUCAUCUCUGUAUGGAAUUUGCAUCAUAGCCGUGAUCAUUGGGAAGAUGCAGAAAAAUUUAAUCCUGAAAGAUGGCCCUUGGAUGGCCCUAGUCCAAAUGAAACAAAUCAGAAUUUCAGUUACCUGCCCUUUGGGGGAGGACCUAGAAAAUGUAUCGGAGACAUGUUUGCUUCGUACGAGAAUGCUGUAGCAGUUGCAAUGCUCGUUCGUAGGUUUGACUUCCAAAUGGCACCUGGAGCACCGCCUGUUAAAAUGACAACAGGUGCCACAAUUCACACUACCGAAGGUUUGAAAAUGACGGUUACACCACGAAAUCGACCUCCUGUCAUACAAAAUCUGAAAAUUUCCACUGUAAAAGUCGAUUCCUCUUUAGAUAUUCCAACAGAGGUAAAAACAGUCUCUGGGUAG